UUUUCAUCCCUCUUUUUGAAUCAAUCCCAAAACUGUCGAGAGCGAGAGAGCUAGGGUUUUCCCGAAGUGUACCGGAAAAGUUAUCAGAGAUGGACGCAUCAAUGGAGAAGAGGGCGGAAGCAGAUAAGAAUACCAACAUAAACUCUCAAUCAGAGUACGAUUCAUCUGAAGAUCGUGAACGGCAGUCGCGCGAGCUUAAAGCUGGUUUGCAUCCUCUCAAGAAUAAGUUUGUAUUUUGGUACACUCGUCGCACACCUGGAGUUCGAACUCAAACAUCAUACGAAGACAACAUAAAGCAGAUAAUGGACUUCAGCACAGUUGAAGGCUUUUGGGUCUGUUAUUGUCAUUUAUCUCGUCCAUCUUCCUUGCCUAGCCCAACCGACUUGCAUCUUUUCAAACAAGGAAUCCGUCCAUUAUGGGAGGAUUCUGCUAAUUGCAAUGGUGGGAAAUGGAUCAUACGUUUCAAAAAGGCUGUUUCAGGACGUUUCUGGGAGGAUUUGGUUUUGGCAUUGGUAGGUGAUCAACUUGAUUACAGUGAUAAUAUAUGUGGAAUUGUGUUGAGUGUUCGAUUCAAUGAGGAUAUAUUGAGCGUGUGGAACCGUAAUGCAUCUGAUAAUCAGGUGGUGAUGGCUUUAAGAGAUAAAAUAAAACGACACUUGAAGCUUCCACAUGGGUAUGUUAUGGAGUAUAAGCCGCAUGAUGCUUCACUGCGUGAUAACUCAUCGUAUCGAAACACUUGGUUGAGAGGGUAGAGAUGUAAUUUUGGAGAAGAAUGUUUGUUUGGGAUGUAAUUGAUAAUUUCAAGUUUAAUUACAUCAUGAUCAUGUUAUCAGUAUUGACCCUUGAAUUUAUCUAAUCAAGAUUUGGUGGUAUUUCGAUUUGA